GAGACCCAAACUCCAGAUCUUAUUCAGCCGCGUAGAAGUGUAGUAGAAGAGGAGGAAGGAGAAGAGAAAACAAAGCCACGCGGCGUGCAUCUCGGUCCUCGCCGCCGCUACGGCGUUGCAGAGUCCGCCCCCCGUGCUCUUGCUCCUCUCCAAGAUCUAACCCUAACACAGUAUUUCUUCAUUACUUUUGGUGUUAGCUUGCUUCCUACAAAAAUUUUUUAAUAGGCGGCGGUCGAAGGAGCAGCGAGACGGAGAUGGCGGCAUCGUUAGGGCAAGGCAUUGACUCGUCGCUGCUCGAAGAUAUUAUCAAUAGGCUGCUGGAGGUGAGAACGGCGAAACCAGCCAAGCAAGUGCAGCUCUCCGAGGCUGAGAUCCGCCAGCUCUGCGUUGUUUCAAGGGAGAUCUUCCUACAGCAACCCAAUCUAUUGGAGCUCGAAGCCCCCAUUAAAAUAUGCGGUGAUAUACAUGGGCAGUAUAGUGAUCUUUUGAGGCUUUUUGAGUAUGGAGGCUUUCCACCUGAGGCCAAUUAUUUGUUUUUAGGUGAUUAUGUGGACCGAGGGAAGCAAAGCUUAGAAACUAUAUGUCUUCUUCUUGCUUAUAAAAUCAAAUACCCAGAAAACUUUUUUCUUCUCCGAGGAAAUCAUGAAUGUGCCUCUAUAAAUAGAAUAUAUGGAUUUUAUGAUGAAUGUAAGCGCCGAUUCAAUGUGCGCCUAUGGAAGGUCUUUACUGAUUGCUUCAAUUGCCUCCCUGUAGCCGCUCUUAUAGAUGACAAAAUAUUGUGCAUGCAUGGUGGUCUCUCUCCUGAUUUAACUAACUUGGAUCAGAUCAAGAGUGUUAGUCGUCCAACUGAUGUUCCAGACACUGGUUUACUCUGUGACCUACUUUGGUCAGAUCCUGGUAGAGAAGUUCAAGGUUGGGGAAUGAAUGAUAGGGGGGUUUCAUAUACUUUUGGUGCUGAUAAAGUUUCUGAAUUUCUAGUUAAGCAUGACUUGGACCUUGUUUGUCGGGCACAUCAGGUUGUUGAAGAUGGUUAUGAAUUUUUUGCUGAUAGACAGCUUGUCACAGUAUUCUCAGCACCAAAUUAUUGUGGUGAAUUUGAUAAUGCUGGGGCAAUGAUGAGUGUUGAUGAAACCCUAAUGUGUUCCUUUCAAAUCCUUAAGCCCGCUGAGAAGAAAUCAAAAUUUAUGAUGUCAACGAAGAUAUGACAAAGUCUUUCUACUCUAAUUUGUGUUUUGUCCAAGCGUGUGUUGGCUCUCCUUUGAAGAACAAUGCAAACUGUUGGUGGCUUCAACAAUGCCGAGCAUGACUUGUUAUCAUUCAUCUAGCCAAAUUAAACUUUGAUGUGAAGUUGGCAAAUAUUGUGUGGAGGUAGCAAUCACAGUCUACUACUAAGGCUUUGGCAAAUGCCAGAUUUUUUUUUUUGAAAUCUUUUCAUCAUUUAUAUUGCCUUGCCUUUGAUGCUGGGGUAUGUAUAUACGAUCUCAGUAGGUGCAGAGGCUUUGUUUUGAAAUAUUAGAAUUCUGCUCCGAAUUUCCUGCCUAUCAGGUUUUUCUCGGUCCGUUUCCUUUGCCAGAUUUCCUAAAAGUUUCACCAAUUUGGUAAAGCUGUUUGAAUCAUAUUCUGCUGUGUUUGUUAAAUUAAUGGUGAGCAAUUCAUUCAGUUUAUUA